AUGGGGUCAAAGGAAGUAAGUGGGGAAAAGGAUUCAAAAUCGUCAGAUGAGUACUUAUCCUCUUCUCUUUGUGUGUUUUUGAAUCAAACCUACGCGGCAACAAUCUGGAAAUCUACACCAUGGCCAACUGAUUUUGGGGUUUACUUUGAUGCUAAGUUGAAGGCUGCAGUUGAGAAAGAGGUUGGUAGGAUAAGAGGUUUGGUUGGAUUAGCUUUUUCCACAACACAGAAGGUUAGGGACAGAAAUACAUAUUGGCUUCCAAAUCAUGGUGAAGAAGCUAAGCUAACAGAGUUGUGUGGCUUUGUGAUGAAAGAUGAAUGA